UACGCUACUGUACUAAAGCCAACACCUUCAUUGUCAUUUGUCAAGUAAGCAAAGCAGCCAGGUCGGACCCAAUCAAACCCAAAGAAAGCAAGAACUUUCCCCGGCCGUCCAUGGCCACCUACCCCCUCCUCCUCCUCUUCGCCGCCGUCGCCGUAGCCGUAGCGGCGGCGUCGUCCGCGGGGGACAAGCCAACGGCGUACGAGAUGCUGGAGCGGUACGACUUCCCGCGGGGCAUCCUGCCGGAGGGGGUGGAGGGGUACGAGCUCGAUCCGGACGGCGGCUUCCAGGUGUACUUCCCGCGGGAGUGCGAGUUCCUGCUAGCGAAGCAGUGGCUGGUCAAGUACGACACGCGCAUCGCCGGCGCCGCCAGCGCGGGCAAGCUCGCGGCGCUGCAGGGCAUCUACGUCAAGGUACUCUUCCUGUGGAUCCCCGUCGCCGAGGUCGACCGCGCCGGCGACCGCCUCAGCUUCUACAUCGGCCCCGUCUCCACGUCCUUCCCGCUAAGCGACUUCGCCAGCAGCCCGCACUGUCGCGGCUACCACGACCGCGCCGCCGUCGCUGCGGCCGUCUCGUGAAUCAUAUGCUUUUUACAUGUACUCCUACUUAGCUACUGCUGCUGGGGGGAAAUAGUAUAUUUCACAUGGAAAACUCUAUUGAUACGGCCUGAUUAUUUGAACAAGACGCACAAGAGUCAUUGUUUCAAUUAACCUUCUGUGCCGUGGUGGUUCGUGGAUAUCACAAUGAGCUCUAUACGAUUCCAGUUUAGCUUGAGAGCCAAUGUUGGCGUUUCGCAGGAGCCAGCGUUUAUCUAGAAUUUUCUUGAGAUGUACUAGUAUGUAUUUAUAGAUCACAGAUUAGUUUAUGGUAAUUGUCCGGAGACAUAAUA